AGCAACGUGUAACGUCAUUGGUCGAUGUCGCGAUCCAGUUAGCAGUGGUUAGCAGCGGUGAUCGUCGGGAAUAACCUAUUGUGCGAGCUCUCGUGGUUGUGUCAAAGUCGAGCGUGUAGUACAUACAUACGCGUCUGACACGUUGGUCAGGCAAAAAACUCGCGAGAUGUAACUCGAAUUGCCGUCCGGUUCGGUGUUCGUUUUUCUCUUGAACGCAUCCGUGCAUUCGCGCGUGGCGGCGAUUCCACGAUCAAUCUAUGUGAUGAUCUCUGUCACGGUGACGGCUCGUGGGUCGAAAUUGCAGCAGAGAUUCGCCGAGAUCAGCAAGAUCCUGAUUUAUUGACGAAGGCGAGAGACGUCCGACAAUGACGGAGAGCUUGAUAAAUGAGUGGCUGGCGGAUUGCAAGGAUGUCCCGCCGUCGGAGCUGCACACCUUCGCCAACACGCUCUCGCAGGACAACGAGAUCGUGCGAGCGCUUUACGUACUUCUGGAGGAACGCACUAAAUAUAGUGAGUUAAUGGACACAGUAUGUAACCAAUUAUAUAAUUUCUAUCGAUCUCGGGAAAUAGAGUUACAAAGGUUUACCCUGCAAUUUCUGCCAACACUGAUAUAUAUUUACCUAAAUUCUGCAGCACAUGGUGAUAUUAAGAGUUGUCGUUCCCUUGAGACUCUAUUAAUUGGAUUAUAUAAUUUGGAAGUAGUUGAUAAAUCGGGACAACAAAAAGCUGUCUCGUUUAGGUUACCAUCCCUUGCUAUGUUAUCCAUAUAUCAUGAGCCUGCGAGUUUGGCGCCAGCCUCAUUAACGGAAAGUGCGGUACGUCGUUUCGAGGAGUGUAACACAAAGCUAGUGAGCUGGGGUCCGCUGCAACAAGUAGAAACAUUGAAUGCACAAAACAGAUUGAAAGUUAUGACCGCUCUUCUAUUUAUUUAUAAUCAGCAGAUCGGCUACAUCAAUAAAUUCGCUCUAGAACAGUUGUGCAAGGUUGCAACAAAACUCGUUACUCAAGGGUUCAUGAAACCGGGGCAUCAUCAGCGUUCCUCGUACGGCAGUGAGUCUAGCUUCGUCCCAAGGAUUUUGCCACGUAUACCAGUAUCCAGCCAAUUCCUCCUGGAAUUUCUGCAUGCCGUAUAUUUCGCCAUGUACAACGAUUGCUGGUGCGUAGGAAAUCAAGCCGCGGAAGAUAUUCACAACAGAGCGUGUUACGAGGCGUAUCCGAACGUAAUGUUGGUUACCAACGCUAUACGCAACUCUGCCAGUUCUGGAGCACCAGGUCAACCAAGCGACGGGCCAAUUGGCGUUGCGUUGUCUCCAGCAACUGCUGCACCGGCCAUUUCAAAAUCUAUGAUCACAAAUGCUUCCUUCCGUACUAAGAAAUUGCCAGACGAUCUGGAUGAGAAGUUAUUUGUGGUCGAAUUGAGCAAUUAUCAAGUUGAGAAGCAAGAACAACCGGCUGCAAUAUCAGGCAACAACAAACGUCGAUUGUGGCACUGGAAGCACACACUUCCAAAUCCGAUCGAUAAGAAGGAUAUGUGCAUAGGAAGGGCGCAAUCUUCCACCUCAUUGGAUAGCUCUAGACGUGGAAGUGUAUGCAGCAACAGUCAGAACUCGCCGAUCAGGUCCUCCCCGAGAAAGAGCAAAGAUCAACAAUUAAAGAAAACCGCUGCCGAGAAUAAGGACGAUAUCGGUCAGAAAACUAGAAAAGAUAGUGGCGUAAAGUGCGACUCCGCUUUCCCCGACGAUAGAUUAGCAGCCACUAACGCGCAUCUCUAUAGCGUGUUAGAGGAGCGAGCGCUGGGAGAACUCAUUCAUGAGCCAACGGAAAAUGUAUAUAUGGAAGGCAACAGUAGAUCAGUCAAUUUUUAUACCACUGCUGCACUGUCAUCAAACAUAUGGUAUUAUCAUCUCAGUUACAACACUAUAACAGGAUGGCAUGACAUACCGAUACAAGUUAUAAGAGAUGAGAUUACCAACGAGGGUAAAAGUAACCUGGUAUCGAUCACGGAGGAACAGGAGUCAACGGAGCCAAAUCGCGUUGGUUCCAUGAGACAAUCAAAGGAUCAAAAGACUGUAUCGAAGAUUACAAAUUUCCCCGUGCUCGGAAAGAAACCCAAAGAGAAGGAGGGGAAGAUAACGAAAAAUGCUCACGUUACGUCAUCCGAGAAGGAAAAGAAGCUCGGUUCUCAGGCAACAUCGAAGGAAACCACUAAAGGAAGUGUAUCAAUGUUGAAUAACGAAGCGGAGAUCGAAGGAAACGUUAACGGAUGCGCGAUUCGGAAGAAAAAUAAUAGUGUAGAAAACAAUGCAAUCAUAAUAGAUCCGAGUGUCGCGCUGAUUGAGAGUGAGAGACUGGCGUUGAGUAAUGACGUUACCGAUGGUAGUAAUAUGGAAAAUUCUCUUAAUUUAAGGGCGCAUAACGAAACAGAGUCUCUGAAUCCUUCUAUCCAAGUUAGCUCUGUUUAAUGAAAAUCUAUUAACAGGAAACAAAAAUAAAGAAAA